AUGUCAGGCUUCCCGAACGCACAGCCUUCGUCGUACAAUCCGUCGAUUGCUGCAGCUUUCGGGCCAGAGCCCAAUCGCAUACCAUUCUUGAAUACGAAGUCUACUCCAGUAGAUCGGAGCGCCUAUCUGCCCCCAGCUUUUUCCGAGGACGACGACGAAGACGAGAAAGCUGUGCCUUACUUCUCGCCGGUCAAAUCGGUACCCACGAAUACCGAUCAGGACAAGAUGCGUGUCACACGCUCUUCUGCGGGAGGAGCGGCCCCCAGCUCCCCACAAGACGAAAUCAGCGCAGGUGAAGGUAGCGGUUUUGGUAGGCGUGUGCCUCCAAUUAGGGUCCGCAAACCGCGCGCCGACGAUGUGAGUCUUGGUAGCUUGCUCGUGCGCGGCUGUCUUCAUACACUGGUCGCAUACAUGCUGCCGCAGACUGAUGCGCGACACCUUCUAUAGGACGAACCUGGCGAGCGCCCUGCAAGACGCUCUACUCGAGCAUACAACCACAACGACGAGGAGGAGUAUGACGCUAAUGGAGAUGAGGAUGCUGAAGGAGAGGAAGACGAGGAGGACCUCGAAGGAGAAGAAGAAGGAGAAGCAGAAGAGAGAAAGCCUGUGCGCUUGACGCGCAGUGGCCGGCCUACGAAGAGCUACGCUGAAGACGAAGAUGAUGAAGAGAGUGAUGGUCCCAUCAAGCCGCGAGGUCGGGGCACUCGCAGCAGCGGGCGGCCGUCGAGAACGAGCGCCGUCAUGCAGGAUGUGAGCACUGCUGACCACACUCGACUAUGAACCAAUGACUCACUGUUGCCUUUGUGCGGCUUCGCCAUGCGCAGUUCGUAGUCGAUGACGAAGAUGAGGACGCGGAGACAGACUACGCUUCCAGGAGCAAGGGUCGAAAGCUGCGUGGGGCCAGCAGCGGCAGUCGCGUCGCCGCCCUCGCGAAAAGGCGCAAAACGACAAGACGCGGAAGCGCAGAGUCGGCGCCUGCAAUCGAGACUGAUGAGGAUGGCGAAGAAGGCCACGAUCAGGAUGGCACCGAUGCAGAUCUUCCACCCAGUCAGCGCAACUAUCGUCUCCGACAGCGCAAGGAAGUCAAUUACUCGCUUGCCGCACCUCCGCCCUCCCCUCCGCGAGACGGAUUUGGCCGCAUUGUGCGAGGACCACGAGGCUCGAAGAGUGGGGGUGUCAGUGGCGGAGCUUUCGAGAUUGAAGGCCUCGGCAACGGCACGUCGAGGGGAAGGAACGGGAAAACUGGCUGGGACGCGCUUCCGCACUCGAUGUCCGGCAAGGAUUACGCGAGGGCGUUCGGUGAGGAGCCCGACACGUCCGAUGACGACAUUCCAGCUGCUCGCAAGGCGGGCGGCGCACUUGGCAGCAGCGCAGCUGGAGGCGGUUUGCUCGGGGCGGGCGGUGUUGGCGCUGGGAGUGCUGCGGCCGUCAUGGGAGGCCCUGGCGGAGCUCUAGGCGCGAACCGUGAUGCUGUCGGAAGGAUGAAGGGUGGUGCCGAGUUUGCCGAUGCGGAUCCGCUGGGCGUCGACAUGAAAGUCGACUUUAACGCUGUGGGCGGUCUCGAUGCACACGUGCAGCAACUUAAGGAGAUGGUGUCCUUGCCGCUCCUUUACCCUGAGGUGUUCCAGCGCUUCAAGGUAACACCGCCACGGGGGGUCCUCUUUCACGGCCCACCAGGCACCGGUAAGACCCUCGUCGCUCGAGCUUUGGCGGCUAGCUGCAGCAGCUCUGGCCAGCCCAUCUCAUUCUUCAUGCGGAAAGGUGCGGAUUGCCUGAGCAAAUGGGUUGGGGAAGCAGAGCGGCAACUUCGCUUGCUAUUUGAGGAGGCACGGGCCUCUCAGCCUAGCAUCAUCUUUUUCGACGAAAUCGAUGGGCUUGCACCAGUGCGCAGCAGCAAGCAAGAUCAGAUCCAUGCGUCUAUCGUCUCAACACUACUGGCAUUAAUGGACGGUAUGGACGGCAGAGGCCAGGUCGUCGUGAUCGGAGCCACCAACAGACCUGAUUCCGUUGACCCAGCGCUACGCCGUCCCGGCCGUUUCGACCGCGAGUUCUACUUCGGACUGCCAAACAGAGAAGCAAGGCGCGCGAUCAUUGACAUUCACACCAAAGAAUGGAACCCACCCUUGGACACCGCAUUCAAGGACCGCUUGGCCGAAGUCACCAAAGGGUACGGUGGUGCUGACCUCCGGGCUUUGUGUACCGAAGCUGCGCUCAACGCUAUUCAGCGCCGUUAUCCUCAGAUCUACCAGACCACUGAACGACUCCUCCUUGAUCCACAAACGAUACACGUCGAUGCCAAGGACUUUAUGAUGAGCGUCAAUAGUGAGUAUUGAUUGACGAUGAUGGCCCGUCCUCGAAGUCGCACAUCUGACAUUUCCGCAAUGUGCAGAGAUCGUGCCCUCCUCAGCCAGGUCAGCUUCAUCUGCAGCUCAGCCUUUGCCCGAGCAUCUCAAGCCUCUCCUGGAGCACACAGUCCAGCGAGCUGUACGUGCUCUCCAGAAGGUCCUGCCACCGGCUGCAAAGCGCAAUCCGCUGGAAGAGGCACUUUGGGAGGACGACGUGCAGUCUGGUUCGAGUGUUCCAGACGGAGGCUUCGGCCGGGAGAUGCUCUUGCAAUCCUUUGAGGCCAUGCGGGUCUUCCGUCCACGUCUGCUCAUUCACGGUCAGAAUGGUAUGGGGCAGGGUAUCACCGGCGCUGCUCUUCUGCAUCAUCUCGAGGGCUAUCACGUCCAAUCUCUGGAUAUCGCUUCUUUGCUAGGCGACUCUGCCAGGACGCCAGAGGCAGCCAUCGUCCAGCUUUUCGUGGAAGCGAAACGCCAUAAGCCGUCUGUGAUCUUCAUUCCGGGUCUGGCGCAAUGGGCUACCUCUAGUUCUGAUUCAGUCCGCUCAACAGUCAAAGCGCUGCUCGACGGCCUUUCCCCUGCCGAUCCAGUGCUCUUGCUCGCAGUCGCAGAAGAGCCAGUGGAGUUGCUCCCUCGCGACGUGCGCUCCUGGUUCGGUUAUCUCGACGACAACAAGGUUCAGAUAGAAGCGCCAGGUGUCGAAGCUCGCAGAAUGUACUUCAACGACGUAUUCGAGCAUGCCAUGCGACCUCCGAACGAAUUUCCAGACGCGUUGCCUCGCCGCAAGAGGCAGCUCGAAAAACUUCCAAUUGCUCCGCCACGCAAGCCCCGGGAACUUACCGUUGCUGAGCUUGAGCAGCAGAAGGCAGACGAUCAAAGAUUGCUGGAGCAUCUCAAGCAUCGCCUGGGUCUGGUCCUUGUGGACUUGCGCAAGAAGCACAAGAGGUUCACGAGAGAUGUCUGGGUGAGUCGGCCUUCACGCGAUGCUGCUGUCGCAUGUCUACUGACGUCACCGUUUCGCUGCAGGACGAGUACAAUCUAAGAGCGCUCACGGAACAGUUCGACUAUCGCAAAGAGAAAGGAAAGGUGAUCGUCACGAUCUUGUACGAUGAGACCUCCAUCAGCACUCGCCGCAGACGUCGUUCAAGCGUUGACGUAACCGGUGCCGAGCGAUUUGGAGAGGCUGCAAAGGAUAUCGCAAGAGGCGACGAAAUGCAGCAGGAUUCUGACCACGUCGUUUCGACUUCACAUGCGGAGAUUGCGGCCCAGCCACCGCCAAAUGGAGACGUGUCCAUGUCUGACGUCGAUACAGCGCCUGAGCAGGCAGCAAUGCAAGCAUCCGGCGCAGUUCAAAUCACUGCGGGUGAGACCAACGGGACGGUCCUCACUAAUGGUCACGCUCCUGAAGAAGCGAAACACAGGGGUCAUGACCUAAAUGUGCCCGGUCUCCCAGGACUUCGACACUCGUCUCAAGCCGGCUACUACGAGCGUGAUCUUGUCUUGUGGACUUUAACGCUGGAAAAGAUGCAGAAGCGUCUCUACCACAACGGCUACUUGACCGUAGACCAAUUCGUGGAAGAUCUCGGCAAGAUUGUCUGGAAUGCAGAAAUGGCUCAGGAAGUGGAUCAGGAGCGGCUUGUGCGAGCACACCAAUGCCGCAACGAAGCUAUCAUUCGCCUGGACGCCAUUAUUGAGCCUGCAUUCAAGGCGGAAGUGGAAGGUAUGGCGGCCAGAACCCUCAAGCGAGAGCAAGAAGAGGCAAAGCAGACGGCUAAAGCCGCAGCGACGGCUUCCGAUAAUGCAGCAGCAGACGCGCCUCGCCGCCCGUCGGGCGAGCGAUUCAGCGCGCGCCAGCAAGGCAAAGCUCCCGAAAUCAGACUGGUGGAUGUCCUCGCCUUGGAACGUGAUGGCAAGCGUUCGCGCCGCAGUUCCAGCCGGGUGCCGAGUGGUGCGGGAGACGAAGCUGCACGGAAGCGCCUCAAGCAGGAAGCUGACGAGCAGCUGGCCGGGCAGGGUUACCGGAGUGCGCCCGCUUCGCAAGCGAGCAGCGAUGCACCCAUCGUUCAGUCCACUCUGGUUGCUGCCGGCGGAGCGCAAGCGCAGCAAGUUUUGGGAUUUGACAGGCGCCCAGUGCCGACUACAAUGCACGCAAGUAUUAGUAGCAGCAUCUCCUCACCAGGCCCUUCCUCAGGUAUAGCCACACCGACUCGCGCACAGGCAUUGCCCAGCGUGCCCGCCACUGGCGAACCGCAGCACCUGAACGACGCGAUGACGAUCCUUGAAGCGCCAUCUCCUCAGCCUGCGCCAGUCGCCCAUCCGCCUUUCAAGAUCUCGCAUCACGAUAUGAGCAACCUUGCGAGUCAAGUGCUGGCCUUGACGCACGACUUUACAAUAGAGCAGCUUGAGCAGCUUCGCGCAGCGUGCUUUGACGCUGUGUGGCGACAUCGCUCGGAGUGGGACCGGUCCACGUUGGUGCAAGAGCUGAGAGAUCUCGUACAGCAGAUUGCUGCUGCCGUGGCUACUGACAAAAGGGAACGUCAACUGGAGGCUGCUGCGCUGCAGGCAUUGUGA